AUGUUCGGAUGGCGCGUUGGUGCUCGUGUGGUUUUGCAUGACGUGCGAUUUCGUGGAUACGCAUUUGCAGGCGAGGUCUUGGUCAAUCGAAAUUUCCACGAGGCUACAAAAUGGAAUGGGAGCGAACAGAAUUUGUGCGUUUUCUUUUUGAAGGAAAUCACGGAUGAUACGAAGAUUCUUAAGACUCAGCAUAAUUCAAUCGAAUAG